AUGUCCACCAAGGAAGAUUUCUCUCAAAUGGAGGCCCUGAGGCGAGUCGCUUUCGUCGGCGUCGCUCUCUCCACCAUCGCCGCGUUGGCCGGUGUGAUUGUUGUGCCCAUGGUCUACAACAACAUGCAGCAUCUGCAGGCCCAGCUGCAACAUGAGGUCGACUUCUGCAGACUUCGCAGCGGCAACAUUGUGAACGAGAUCAACAAGGCUAAGGUGUUGGCGUCGGUCUACCCAAGAGUCGCCCGUCAGGCCGGCUACGGAGGCAGCUCCGGCUCCGAUCUUGGAGCUGUUGGUGGCGGACGCCUUGGAGGAGGCGCCGGAGGCAGCAGUGGAGGAUGUUGUGGAUGCGGUGUCUCUCCAGCCGGACCACCUGGCCCACCAGGCCCAGAUGGUGAGCCAGGAACCGACGGACAGCCAGGUGCCCCAGGAAACGAGGGACAACCCGGCGCUCCACCUCCACCAGUCGCCCAAGUCCAGCCAUGCUUCGACUGCCCACCCGGCCCAGCUGGUGCUCCCGGAAACGCCGGACCAAAGGGACCCAAUGGAAACGCCGGAGCGCCAGGACAAAACGCUCAAGGUGACGGAGUCGGUGCUCCAGGACCCGCCGGACCUGCCGGACCACCCGGUCAGCCAGGAAAUGACGGACAGCCCGGACAACCAGGUCAGCCCGGAAGUGUUGUCGAUGUGCCCGGCUCUCAAGGCCCAGCCGGACCACCCGGACCUCCAGGACAGCCAGGACAGAACGGAGAGGCCGGACCCGACGGACAGCCAGGACAAGAUGGCCCACAAGGACCAGCCGGCGACGGCCCAGGACCAGAUGGACCUCCAGGAACUCCAGGACAGCCCGGAGGACCCGGAGAACAAGGACCCGAUGGUGCUCAUGGAACCUGCGACCACUGCCCCACCCCUCGAACUGCCCCUGGCUACUAA